GCGGCGCGGGCCGGGUGGCGCGGCACAGUGGGCCGCAGCGGGCGGGCGGCGCUCCGGCGAAGCCAUGUCUGCGGCGCGCGUGGACUACAUCGCGCCCUGGUGGGUCGUGUGGCUGCACAGCGUCCCGCACUUCAGCCUGCGCCUGCAGCCGGUGGACAGCACCUUUAAUCCCCGCGACAAGAGUUACCAGGAGUCACUGCUGCUCCUGGGGCUGCUGGCUGCCAUCUGCCUGGGCCUGAACCUCGCCUUCCUCACCACUUACCUGGUAUGUGCCUGCUGCUGCCGGCGGGACCACGAGGUGCACACCAAGCAGCGUAGCUCCUGCUGCAUCACCUGGACAGCGGUGGCAGCCGGGCUCAUCUGCUGUGCUGCGGUGGGCGUUGGUUUCUAUGGAAACAGCGAGACCAACGAUGGUGCGUACCAACUGGUCUACUCCCUGGACAAUGCGAACCACACCUUCUCUGGCGUCGACGAACUGGUGUUCGAGAAUGCCCAAAGGAUGAAGGUGGACUUGGAGCAGCACCUGGCCCGGCUCAGCGAGAUCUUUGCUGCCCGAGGUGACUACAUCCAGACCCUAAAGUUCAUACAGCAGAUGGCGGGCAAUGCUGUUGCACAGCUGUCUAGGCUGCCUGUGUGGAGGGAGGCCACUGUGCAGCUGACUGAGCUGUCGGACCAGACCACCUAUGUGGAGUACUACAGGUGGCUCUCCUACCUCCUUCUCUUCAUCCUGGACCUGGUCAUCUGCCUCGUCACCUGCCUGGCACUGGCCAAACGCUCCAAGUGUCUCCUGGCCUCGAUGCUGUGCUGUGGGUUGAUAGCGCUGCUCCUCAGCUGGGCCUCCCUGGCCGCCGAUACCACUGCAGCAGUAGGCACCAGUGACUUCUGCAUGGCCCCUGACAUCUUCAUCUUGAACAAUACGCAGGGCCAGAUCAGCACAGAGGUGACCCGCUACUACCUGUAUUGCAGCCAGAGUGUGAGCAGUCCCUUCCAGCAGGCAUUGACCGUCUUCCAGCGCUCGGUGACCUCCAUGCAGAUCCAGGUCUCGGGGCUGCUGCAGGUCGCUGUGCCCCUCUUCCCCACGGCAGAGAAAGAUCUCCUCGAAAUCCAGCUCCUGCUGAACUCCUCAGAGACCAGUCUUCACCAACUAACGGCCAUGCUGGAUUGCCGUGGGCUGCACAAGGACUACCUGGACGCACUCACCGGCAUCUGCUAUGACGGCAUCGAGGGCCUGCUCUUCCUUGGCCUCUCCUCCCUCCUGGCUGCCCUGGCCUUCUCCAUGCUGAUCUGUGUGGGGCCGCAGGCCUGGAAGCACUUCACCACCAGGGAUAGAGACUAUGAUGACAUCGAUGACGAUGACCCCUUUAACCCCCAAGCACGGCGUAUCGCGACGCACAACCCCCCGAGGGGGCAGCUACACAGCUUCUGCAGCUACAGCAGUGGCCUGGGCAGCCAGAGCAGCCUGCAGCCCCCCACCCAGACCAUCUCCAAUGCCCCUGUCUCCGAGUACAUGAACCAGGCCGUGCUCUUCGGUGGGAACCCUCGCUACGAGAAUGUGCCGCUCAUUGGGAGAGGCUCCCCUCCGCCCACGUACUCUCCCAGCAUGAGGGCCACCUACAUGUCCGUGGCAGAUGAGCACUUGAGGCACUACAGCGGUGAGUUUCCAGCCUAGAGGACUUCCGGAUUCCUGUUGCUGCCUUCCUGUUUGGUUUUUAACAAAUGCACACACAAGCGGCGUUGCUCUAGUGGAAACCAAAGGCACCUGGGGACCUCGGACUCCUGUGGCUGCAGAGGCGCAGCUGAGACUCCUGGCCAAACUCCCAGGUGGACAGAAGGCCGAGACCCAGGCCUCUCUCCCGCCCCGUUCUCUAUCCCAGGGCGCCCCACCCCGACCCAGUGGAGAAUGGCAUCAAGAAUGAAGCCGCCCAGGCACUGCCAGCCUGAGAUCUGUAUUCUCUUGCCUCUUGUCAACUCGACCAAAAACCUGGGCAACUCCUCUUGAGUCACCUCUGCGCUCCAUUUUUUAGCAGGUGACAGUGGCAAGGGCUUAUCAGGAGGCGACUUGAGGGGAGGCAGUGUCCCUGAUGAGUCCAGAACCCUGUCCAAAUCUGAGUUCCUGGGCCACACAGACUGUGCCUGGGCCCUGGAGACACGGUGCAGGCGGCCUGUGCAGCUGGUGGCCCAGGGAAACGCAGCAGAAAGCCUGCCAUGUUCUGCCCAUCCUCGAGUCCCCAGCUGAUGGUCUCAGGUAUGGACAAAUACUUCACUCUUUUUCCCAGUGUUUCAAAAUAGUUUGAUGAUCCAAAGAAUCUCAACUCAGCACAUCCAGUUUUUAACCGUAGAUUUGGGGCCCAUUCCUUAAGCUGGUUUUUCCACUACUAUUAUAGGUUUGUUUUUGUUUUUGCUUUUGGUACCAGGGGUCGACUAUUACAGGUUUUCCAGCCAGUUCAUUACAGGUCAGGAGGAGAGGGGAAGAAUGGAGUUUUAAAUACAGUAAAGGUUAGAGGGGCAUCCUGUCCCCAGCUGCUGUUGCAGUGUGUCUGACUUCAUCCUGCCCCAGGAGGGAGGCCUACACGCAGUGGAGUCCUCUGCUCCGGAGAACAGCUGAAUGCCCAAGACAACAAGCCCAUCCCUUUUCUCUUCAAGCAAGUUUGUCAUCAAAGGUUUUAGCAAAGUGAUACGAUUGCAGCUUGAUACAAGGACAGGCCUCCUUGCCACCUCCACUGCCCUGCUGUCCCCAUGCCAGUGCCCUGGACCCUGCCCUGCUAGGGGAGAAGUAGCUUGUUGGCCAGGAGGACAUAAUGACCCCCAUCUUGCCCACUUCGGGGCCAGGGUAGGGUCUGUGGUGCUUUCAGCCUCCUGCCAACCUGCCCGUCCUGCACACCAUCAAGCCUUGCAUUCCAAGCAGUGUGGGCAGUGGCUUGGGACAAAGAUUCAGUUUCCAUUUUGGAAGAGUCACUUUGCCACCACCUACUGACAUCAGAGUCCUCUGUGACAGAAUUGGGCCACAGGGCAUCCGGGGCUCACCGUCUCACCUUCGCUAACCUGUGCAUACCAUGAACCGUAAACACCGUCAUGCGACCGUGUCACGUGCAAAUAGCCCUGUGACAUCACCGUAUCCCUUCUAACACUUCAUUAUUGGCAACUUAAGGGUUGUUCUUAAUACAUGUAAACUGAACUAAAAUUGCCCAGGUGUCCCACCAACCUCUGUGUACCCGGAAGAGAAGUAAACCACUUGUACUAAAA